AUGCCUGGUAUUCCCCAAGGAAGUCCUGGAAAAAAUGUUCGACGACUUCUGGGAGCUGAGUUGGGAGGAAAAAAGGGAGUAUGUGCUGGGUUUGGUGAAUUAUGUGCCCAAGAAGAGCGCGAGGCUCAAAGGGCCAUCAAGGAGAUUGGGGACUUUCAAUUAUUAUCUGGAAAUGGGGAAAGUUCGAUUACCUGUGUGCAAAAACAUGUUCAUGGGGUCAUUGGGUCUAGGACCAUACCUUACUUGGGUUACUCGAGAGAUGAGGACGGAAAAAUAAUACAAAACCAAAUGAGACCGCCCAGAACCCAAAAGUUUUGCAAUUCGAUUUUCUGCGCCACAAACCGCAAACACUGCGCGUCGUUCAGCAAAAAAGAACUGCAAAAAGUUUUCCACGAAUUCUGGAACUACGUGGGACGAACAAAAAGUUACGUCACCUCUUUAAUAGACUUAAUACCAAAAAAACAUGCACGAGUUUUGAACGUUUCCAGAAGAUCCGGAACGUACAAAUACCACUUGAUCAAAGACAAACAAAAGCCGGUGUGCAAAAAAAUGUUCUUGGGGUCCCUAGGUUUGGGGGUCCAUGGUGCAAUCUUAGGUUAG